CCAGCAGCUGGAUUGUGCCUUGGAUUUGAUGAGGCGUCUGCCUCCACAGCAGAUAGAGAAGAAUCUCAGUGACCUCAUUGACUUGGUCCCAAGCCUCUGUGAAGAUCUCCUCUCCUCCGUUGAUCAGCCAUUGAAGAUUGCACGAGAUAAGGUGGUAGGAAAAGACUAUCUAUUGUGUGACUACAACAGAGAUGGAGACUCAUACAGAUCACCAUGGAGUAACAAAUACGAUCCUCCCCUGGAAGACGGUGCCAUGCCAUCUGCUCGCCUGCGCAAGCUGGAGGUGGAAGCCAACAAUGCCUUUGACCAGUACAGAGACUUGUAUUUCGAAGGUGGAGUCUCCUCUGUCUACCUCUGGGAUCUGGAUCAUGGCUUUGCCGGGGUGAUCCUCAUUAAGAAAGCUGGAGAUGGAUCAAAGAAGAUUAAGGGAUGCUGGGAUUCCAUCCACGUGGUGGAGGUUCAGGAGAAAUCCAGUGGUCGUACUGCUCAUUACAAGCUGACCUCCACAGUGAUGCUGUGGCUGCAGACUAAUAAAACUGGUUCUGGUACCAUGAACCUCGGAGGGAGCCUCACCAGACAGAUGGAGAAAGAUGAGACUGUGAGUGACUCCUCUCCACACAUAGCCAAUAUCGGACGCUUGGUAGAGGAGAUGGAAAACAAAAUCAGAAGUACACUGAAUGAGAUUUAUUUUGGAAAAACAAAGGACAUCGUGAAUGGGCUGAGGUCUGUGCAGACUUUUGCAGACAAAUCAAAACAAGAAGCUCUUAAAAACGACCUGGUGGAGGCUUUGAAGAGAAAGCAGCAGAGUUAAAGUCCUCUCCAUGCUAACAAGACAUGCCAUGCACUCGUUAGAUUCCUUUCUUAGAGAACUCAUCCCUCCCCUUUGCCCUUUUCUGUUCCGUCACGUCACGAUUUGCAUUCAGUACUACCCAUGCAACGCCAUCUCCUCCCCAUGAAUAAAGCUGUACAAACUUUUUCAG